AACACGUGUUGUAAACGUUAGUACGAGAACCUGAUUGUAUACAGAUCUACUUUAUUGUACUAAAUUAAUCAGUAUUGAUGGAGGAUAACGUUGUGUAAUAUACAGAAAAGUGGUAAAAUUCCUGCUCUUAUUGUCAUCUAGCAGUUGUUCAAGACAAGUGGACCAAGCUAAUAACUGUGCUGAAAUGGAUCCAAACACAAGCAGUGCAGACAAAGAUGAGGAACUAAACAUGUCUGAGGAGGAGGAGAAUGCAUCCAAACACAGUAAAGCAGAGAAUAGCGAUGGUGGUGGUGAUGCUGGUGAUAGUGGUGAUAGUGAAGAUAAGGAACUGGAUGAUGGAGUCAGCACAUCCAAGAAAGCUAAGGGAAAGAAAUGUGUGCCAGGUAUAGUGUACCUGGGACACAUUCCACCCAGACUGAGGCCCAAACAUGUACGCAACAUGCUCGGUGUGUAUGGAGAAAUCGGCCGCAUCUUUCUCCAGUCUGAAGAUCGCUCCAUUAAGAGAAAGAAGAGAAAAGCUGGAAACCAUGGCUCCAGUUUUGUGGAGGGCUGGGUGGAGUUCAAAGACAAACGCAUCGCUAAGAGAGUGGCUGCAUCGCUACAUAACACCCCCAUGACCCACCGCAAGAGGAGCCACUUCUGCAGCGACUUGUGGAGCAUAAAAUAUCUGCACAGGUUCCAAUGGUGCCACUUAAGCGAACGACUGGCAUACGAGCAGACGGUGUACCAGCAGCGCAUGAGAACAGAGAUCUCACAGGCCAAACGCGAGACCAACUUCUACCUCGCCAGUGUGGAGAAGAGCCAGACUCUGGACAGGCUAAGAAAGAAGAGGGCAAAGAAGGGCGAGGUGAUGGAAGAGAAGGGCUGGGACUUUACACAGAGGCGCACCGAGGAGGAGAUGCGACUGGAGCGGAUGAAGAAGAGCGGCCUGUCCAAGAAGAACCUCCAGAAAGCUCAGGAGAAGAGCAGGGCUAUUCAGGAGAAAGCACAGUCCAACGUGUCCCUGCUGGCUAAGAUCUUUAGCAGUGGAAAGUCCUAGGAUUAAGCUGUGGCAUAGAGAGUUUGCAUCUCUACUUUUCUAGACUGAUUUGAUUAUUUGUAUUUAAUGCAUAUAAAAACUGAUAAUGGUAAAAAAGAACAUUAGAUUUUAUUGACUGUGUCAAUGAAAUGUCUAGUACAUUGUAUUUCUUUUUCUUUUAUUGUAGUUUUGCAUUUUUCCUUUGUCCUAGUGUUCAAUUCCCUGAUUGUAACCUUUGCCGGUGCACCACCCCUUCCCUGACCAAGGAGAGACGUAGGCUGUUACACGCCCACUCCAACAUGCAUGCAGAGUCUCACAGAGAGUCAUAUUGUAUAUAGUUAAACAUUCAGUAUGGUCUGUAAAUCAUCCCCCUCUUGUGCAGAAGCAUCGAGGAACACUUUCAACUCCUCCCCCUCAGAUGCAACACAUUGUGCCUCUUGGACACUCAGCCAGGUUGUUUACUCAGCAAAGAUUUGAAUUAGAGAGCUCAAGAAGGGAUUCAGUCUUCUGCAUUACCAGAGCGGCCUAUAAUUACAUUGUAUUAAUAUACUUAAGAUCUUAGUUUUCCUUACAAACAGCAUGUUUUAUGCAUACACAAUAAUCCAUUGUUUAUUUUGUUUAUCAAAAUUCUGUUUUGUAUUCCAACCAAUGUUAACAGAAGGGCAAAAAUUUAUAUUUAUAAAUCUGCAACCAAUCGAAUUUGACAUGAUUUCCAAUUGAGCAAAUAAAAUUGAAAAGUUUCAA